GGAAAUAUUAAUCUUAUUGAUAAACUUUUGCCUCAGCAAAGUUUCAAAUAUAUUUUUUUCAAAAACAAAUGAAAACCGUUAUAAUAUCAACGGCAUGGUUAAAAUCUGUUUGUUAAACUUUUGAUGGGACAAGGAAGCGAUCUAACCGCGGGAAAAACACGACAAAUCUAAUCACCACGUGUUCCGGUUACGUGAAACCAUAAGGAAGGUGGUGUGGAAAUUUCUAUGAAGUCUUCACGAAGAGUUGUCCGUAGUGGAGUCAUGAUUGAGUUCAUAAAAAAGUUUAAAAUUCUAAGGCGAUCAGCGCCGGCUACAAUGUACGACUUGAUAGAUCAGUGCCAUGAAUGGAACAAUUCAACCAAUACAAAUCUUCUUCAACCAAGUAUGGAAAACUACACGGAUGGAUUUUGGAAAGUUUUCAUGUUAAACGAAAGAACUGGCGGUUGCCGCAGUAAAAGACAUUCGUCAAGUGAAACGAAAACAGAGGUAGAUCCAUCGACCUGUCACUGUAUGAAACAUUCGAAAACAGCUCGGAGAAGGAGAUUUAAAAGUCAGUCGGGAUAUUAUUUAGCUAUAAUGCCCAACGGACAAAUCAUGGGAGUAAAGGAUUCAAGUAGUCCGUACAUUGAAAUUGAUGUGAUCCCAGUUGGUGCUGAUCUGGUCAAAGUUUGGGGAGUCGAGGCUGAAUUGUUUUUAAUGAUAGAUGAUCAAGGUCAAAUGAGGGGAACGGAUGUGGAUAGCGCGGAAUGUAUAUUCGAAGAAACACUAACCGAGAACUUUUUCAAUGUUUAUUAUUCGGCGAUGUAUUUACACAAAAGAUGGUGUAUCGGACUUCGCAAUAAACAGCAAACUCGAAGUUUCUAUCGCAAACCAAAACCAGCAAAAGACACGUCAUUUAUGAUAGAAAUAGUACGACGCCGUUCUUCAACGUCGUCUGUAUGUGAUAGUGACGACAGCAGAAUUAGCACUUAGUUAAAAUUUAUUAUAAAAUAAAGUAAUAUAGGCUUAAUUUCUUGGAUUAUCAAGACAAGAAAAUCGAGGCGAAAUCUUCAAUCUUUAUUAAUUAAGUUUCCUUUCUUACUUUUUCUUUUCUUGCUAAUCCUUUAUUAUUGGUGCAUAUUUUACACCAAUCCAUAGUUGUAUAUUUUCUGUAUAAAGUUGUUGAAUAGAAAGUAAUUUAUGUAGUAGGAUUGUAAUAAACGAAAAAAGAUAAAAGAAAAAAAAA